AUGGGUCUUGGUUCGUUAAAACAUAUUCUUAAAGUUGAAAUAAUUCGAGCAGAACAACAAGAACAAAAUAGAGUUGAUGAAAAUAGUUCUCUACAAUAUGCUUGUGCAGUAGCUGUAUUAAAAUUCGUCGAUGCUGUUAGUGUUCCAUAUCGUGUUCAUCAUUCUCGUCUUUCAUAUCGAAAUAUUGCUAAACAAGUUGAUUUACCUGGUCAUAUAAUUAGUUUACGUCAUGAUAUUGCUCAUCAUCAUGAAUUACCAUCAUUAUGUGACUUACUUGCUGCUGUUGAUUUUAGUAAACAAUGGCUUCGAAAAAAUUGUCUUGAUGAAUUAGUUGAAACAAUGGCACUUUUUAGUGAAGGUUCAUAUAGUGAAUUACUUGAAAUAAUUGCUCGUGAAACUGUUCAAGCUUAUGUUGAAGCUCGUCUUAAUUUUUUUAUAAAACGAAGUAAAAAACGAUUACAAUUAGUUGAUGAACAUGUUGAAGAAAUACGUAAAGCAUUACAAAUGUGUAAUGGAAAAGAAAUAAUGGCUGAAGUUUUUGUACGAUGUGGUAAUUUUAUAAUGGUACCAAAUCAAUUAACACGUCUUGCUUAUGAUUCAGAAUCAUCUGAUCUUCUUCCAACAUGUGUAAUUCAAUUUUGGAAACCUAUUAUUCAAAUAAUUCUUAAUGAUAAUAAUCUUAUUUCAUUAAUUAUUGAUAAAAUAUUAAAUUUUAUAACUGAUUAUUAUCGAUUAUCAUCGAAUGAUUUUUCAAUAAUUGAUCGACAAAGAAUUGGUUGGAUUUUUUAUUUAACUGAACAAUCAUCAACUAAACUUGAUCUUUGUUCAAUAUUUAUACGAUUAGUACGUAUUCUUCAACCAUGGUUUGCUGAAUCACUUUCACAAAUGGUUGUUCGUAUGUCGGAUGAUAUGAAUGGAACUCGACAAGCAUUAAUUAGUGAACAAAAACGUGAUACACUUCUUCGAACAAUUUCUAUGUUUGCUAAUCCAUUUGAAAAUAUUAAUGAUGAUCAAUCAACAAUAAUUUCAUCACUUGAAAUUUUACCACGUAAUGAAUUAUAUAAAAAAGAAAUGCUUAUGUUUAAGAAACGUACAGCAUUAGCUGAAGUUCCAGCUGGUUUACUGAAUAAUGAAGAUGAACAAAAUUUAGAAAUGAAUAUUGAUCUUUCAAGAACUGAUCGAAAUUGUAUGUUUUAUAGUUUUUGAAAAUUGACUUUUUAUAGAUUUUUGUUUUU